UUUGCCCUGCCCUCCCCGGCUCAUGCCGAUUGGCUCCGGUGGCUGCGCGAGGGAUGAUGGGAGUUGUAGGCGCCUCCUCGGCCUCGCUGGAGCCCUGCGGGCCGGGCGACUCUUUCACCAUGAGCGGGUCGCGGCGCGGGCCGCGGGCCCGGGACCCCUCUGAGGGGGGGCCGGGCAAGAAGCGGGACAAACGGGAAGUGCGCGGGGAGUUCUCGGCGGCCAUCAGGGAGCCGGCGCUGAAGGAGAAGGCGGCGGCCGCCUGGGGCUGCAGGGAGCCGCUCAACCACGAGGCCAUCGCGGUGGAUCCUGUUCCCUUCUGCCACUGCGUGAUCCCCAACUUCCUCCAGGGCCCGGGCUUCCUGGACGGGCUGCAGACGGAGCUCCUCAACCUGGAUUUCCACGAGCAGUGCAACGAUUUGUACACGUUCAAACAGUCUGAUGAUCUGAAGAAGAGAAAAGAGCCUCACAUCUCAGCAUUAAGGAAAGUUCUGUUUGAAGAGUUCCGGGAGUGGCUGUCUGCAGUUACCCAGGUGGAGCUGGAACCAAUCAUUGACCUGUCCUGUGCUAAGUAUGAGUAUACAGACACCCUGCUAUGCCAUGAUGAUGAGCUGGAGGGACGGAGAAUUGCCUUCAUCCUGUACCUAGUUCCGCCGUGGGAGAAGAGCGAUGGGGGAACUCUGGACUUGUACAGCACAGAUGGCCAUUUUCAGCCGCAGCAGGUCGUCAAGUCGUUAGUCCCUUCGUGGAAUUCUCUGGCCUUCUUCGAAGUGUCUCCCGUCUCUUUCCACCAGGUGUCUGAAGUUCUGACUGAAGGGAAGUGCCGGUUGUCUGUGAGUGGUUGGUUUCAUGGUCCGUCAGUGGCCAGGCCUCUCCGCUACAUUGAAUCCCUCUUGCCCCGGAGUCCACAUAUCCCAUACGAUCAUGAAAUCUUGUAUGAGUGGAUCAACCCAGUUUACUUGGACAUGGAUUCCCAAGCCCAGAUCCAGGAGGAAUUUGAGGAGCGAUCAGAGCUUCUCCUGAAGAACUUCCUUAAGGGAGAGAAAUUUCAGCUCGUGUGUGAAGCUCUGCAAAAAGACGACAUCACAUUGAACAGCCGAGGGCCACCCAAUAAAAGAUGUUACGAGAAGGCUGAGGAGGGGAGCCUUCCGGACGUCCUAAGGAAGUGCCUGGCGUUCUUCCGCUCCGAGGCCCUGUUCUUGCUGCUCUCCAACUUCACAGGCCUAAAGCUGCACUUCCUGGCUUCCUCUGAUGAGGAUGAGGAGGGAGAAGAAGAAAAGGCUGCAGAUUGCACUGGACACAGCUCUUCCAAACCCAACCACGGAGAAACCAGUCAAAAGGCCAACGGCGAUGCUGACCAAGUAGAUCAGCCUGAAAAUGACUCCCAAACCAAAGAAAGUGAUACAAAGAACAGCUCAAGUGUCCCCAUGUGCAUGGGGGAGCUGAGGCACUGGACAAACGGCCACUACACUCUAGUCCAUGACACCCAAAUGACAGAGUUUGCCCUGGACCUGCUGUUCUUCUGUGGCUGUGAAGAUUGGGAUGCAGAGUAUGGUGGCUUUACAUCCUACAUUGCCAAGGGUGAAGAUGAAGAGCUGCUGACGGUGAAUCCAGAGAACAACUGCUUGGCCUUGGUUUACAGAGACAAAGAGACUUUGAAAUUUGUGAAGUAUAUUAACCAUCGUAGCUUGGAGCAUCCGAAAAAACAUCAGAGCAGAGCUGGAUUCUGGGACUUCUCUUUUGUCUACUAUGAGUGACAGCACUGGGCAUGGCCAUCUUCUGAGAGGGAAUGGCUUAGUGAUACAGUAAUGGGUUUUGAAUAGUCUCCUAGACUACUGUCUUAGUGGGUGCACCUGUAAUGCAUAGAGUGGCUGGCGCCAUUUGAUGAGCCUAGAUUUGAUUUAGGCAGAGAGCUAACUUCCCCUGACAGCAUCGGAGCUGUCAUGCUGGUGCUGAAGUCUAAGUGACUCUUUGCUAGAUUUUUUUUAAUAACAAAUGGGAGCACUGUUCUGCUGUCGCAUCUUAACUCUUACUCCCUCUCACAUUCUGGUGCUGCUCCACCAGAGGGAGUCUUACUUGGAUCUGUAACACUCCACUUUUGAAUAGCUGCUUUGCAUAGCUUCCAGCCCGGCUCUCCUGAAGAGCCCUGUGAUGAAUUUACAUUGUGUCAUGAUACACAUCGGGACUUCGUGUAACCCCAAAUUGGUGACUGCUAUGAGUACUGCACAGAUUUGUAGUCCAAAGCCUUCAACUGGUCAUCAGGAAAGAACCAAGCUUUGUUCCAAACCAGGGCUUCCUGACUUCCCCGAUCUGCAAGCCGUGUCUCUUCUGGGGCCUGACUGUUCCCUCUGCAGUGAGAAAUGGUGCAUGCAAAGCGUGCUGCCACAUAAUUAGCUAUAUUGUCUAGGAGGUGGUGGGUAAAGGAGAGAAACUUGUGAAAAUGUCUGCCAAAAACAUGGGUUCCCCCCCUCCCCUGAAAAAAGUGAAACCUUUUAUAUCUGGGAAGGGACGAGGGGGGAAGAGAUGAUAGUUGAGUGGGAGCCUUCAGCCUCCCUCUGCUUGUACUGAUAUAAAGAACAAACCCAUAGGGUUUUGGUGGGCAGAGAAAGGAUAGUGGGAGGAUAUAAGCAGGGGUUAAAAUCAUGUGUGCCAGUGGAAAAAAUGUAGUUAAGGGCCUAUCCAUCCUCCUUGUCUCGUGGGCAAAUAUAAUAGCAGUUGCCAUCCCCACUGUGUCUUCUCACCAUCACCCUUCAAGCUGUGGCCUAAUUCUCACUGGGCAGUGGUGUGGUCUCCAUCACUCUAGUAGCUGAAUACCUAAUUUUGCAUUCUGCACAGCUUGUUCCAUCUAUGCCACCCCAGCCUGCUGGGUAGGCUACCGAUUGCUCAGCCAUGACAGGAGCACUACAUGCUUUUAAAAUAACAUCUUAAAAUCAGAUUGGCAUGACCUGCUGCCCCCACACUAGGUGCAGUUCUGACUUUGCUAGGAGUGGUGAGGCAUUAUCAGCCCACUAACUGGUGCUGUCACAACACCUGCUGGCUUUCAGGAAGGAACAGUCUGGCUGAGUUCUGUAUAGUUGACUCGCUACUGCUUUGCACACACCAGGGCUGACCUUAUUUUGCAUUGCCUAGAAGGUGUUUUGCACCUUCAAUAGUAACUGACUUACACACACGUGUGUGCUUUUGCUGUGAAUAGUGCCUUUACAAAUCCAUCUAAGCUAUGGAAUAUAGCCCCUGGGCGUAAGAUGGGGUGGGAGAGAAACAUGCAUGACCAUGCCUUCGCAUACCAACUUGGCGUGGGAUGAAGCAGCAUGGGGAGGGAGCCUGCUACCCCCCCCCCACUUUCUGUGCAGAUCUGUCUUCCUCUGUGUAUGUAACCCAGGACUAUUAUUAUUAUUAUUAUUAUAUAACUAAUUAUUGGACUCGGAAAUGGUGACAUACUGGAGCACAGCAAGAAGUUUGCUCUCUGAACAUGAUCUAGCUUUAGCCAGAGCUAAGUGUAAUUAACUAACGUGUUUUCAUGAUCUGGUUUCUCUGUGCAAGGUAGAGACUGGUUCACAGAUUCCAAGGCCAGAAAGGACCAUUGUGAUCAUCUAGUUUGGCUCCCUGUAUAACACAGGCAAGAGAACUUUCCCCCAAAUCAUUCUUACGGCAGAUCUUUUAGGGAAAAAAAAUAAUCCAAAAGGCUUUCUCACCUGGUUUGAACAUUUAAACCAUGGUGCUGUUUUAAGCCAGUUGUGAUGAGUAUAAAACUAGAAACAAAUCCUACGGAGGUCAGGACACUCCAAAUCUUGAAUGGGUAGUUUAGGUUAAAUGCCAAGCUAAGCUGCAUUUCUUCAGUGUUGGGGUAUCACUUCCUGGCCUAUAGUUAUCUUGGAGAAAUAGAUUCCGUUCUCAGCCUUUGAGAUGCCAAAGCCUAAACUACUGUGCAGUGGAAUUUUCCGUGCAGAAAAGAAAAGUUGAUCAGGUGGCUUAAAGUACAAAGGAGAAGCACAUAAUAGCCUAUAAGGAUGUGAGGGCUGCAAGCACCAAGAGUAAAAGGAAAUGUUUAGACUGCAGCCAGGCAUUUGAAAUAGAAGUAAAAAGUUGAGUUUCUGGAAAAGCUGAUGAUUAUGUGUAAGAACUACUUCCUCCUAAGGCUGAGCUCCAUCAGUCUGUGGAAUAGCCUCCCCCAGGACAGGCUAGAAGCUGAACCUGUUUGAAACCAGCCUAGCUCAAGUCCUAUAUAAUGCAGUGGAGGGAAACAAGCCUACAGACUAGCCUCCAAGGGCUGUACGAGAUCAACUAACCUCUACUCUCCAUGAAAUAUUUGUGUGUCUCAGCUGUAUGGCAUAAAAUAAUGUUAGAAACAACUGGCACUGAGGGAGCUAAAAAUCAACAGCUCCCCUUACUCCCUGUAAGCUGGGCCUCGGGGUGGAAAGCUGUGUGUUGGAAAGAACAAGCCCAGGAUUACUUGAAAUUCAGAAGGCAGGCACCUAGAAAACCCUGUAUACAGUAAAUGCCAAGUGGUGUUUUAAAUCACAUUAGCUAAUGUUUAAAUUAAAAAAAACAUUUUUGUUUAAUCUUGACAAAGCCUAUCCAGCAAAUAUCCCUCUCUCCAGGCUCUGUUUUCUGAUACUGAAAUUCUGGUAAGGUAGUUCAGAUUGGUCCUGCUUGUAAAAUGCACUGAUCCUCAGAAGAUACCAUCAAUGUGAAAUAUAUCCAUGCCCCAGAAGGAAGUAAAAAGAGUGACAGAGAGGAAGAACAAACAGUGCAAGUGAAUAGCAGUUACAUGAACAAAGUGGGACAUGCUGUAAGUUUCAGUAAAGGGAUACAUACCAGGCAAUACAACAUUAUGCAACAUUUAAA